AUGCAUUUUUGUGCCAAAGGGUUAACGUCAAUUUUUCCGCGAGAGAUUGUUUCAAAAAACAAUAGUAGUUAUAGUAGUUCCAAUCACAAUGACAUGGAAUCCGAGGACAAUGCAGAGUCAACUUUCCGACAUAAAUUAGGACUGAUACCGGAGGAAGAGGAAGACCUGACAGAAGCCUUCAAAGCCAGACUGGGAAUCAACAAGACAGAUCCACUGAUGAACAACGAUGAUAACGAAAUCAACGAAAUCGUUGUUAUGAAUGAUGUUGAAAAGGAAGCUACCUUAUCUAAAUUUAAAUUUGAAAAAUUCAUCCAAGAAAAUUUUAAAAAAGGAAAUAGUAUAGCACCUACAAACCACAACAACACCAACACGCCUGCAGUUACUACUCUUUCUAACCAGCCGCUGACCGAAUCUCUAUUGAAAUCAUGCGAAGCGCAAAAUUUAAGUCAAAGUGCAGUCGUCAUUUCGAACGCUAUUAAAUUAUUUUGUAAGGACAUCAAACCAUUUCAGAAGACGCCGGCCAUUGUAAACGAACCCCAGACAAAAGAAGCCAAACCUGGAGUUAAAAGAUUUUCCAUGAUAAAAUUAUUUCAAAAUAAGAACAAAUCCUCUUCCACCUCCUCGUCCGAUGAAUGGUCAAACAAUUUGGAAUGGCAACUUAACACAAUUCCAGACGAUGACUUUGAAAUUAUGCAGUUCAUAAUAUGCUACGGGAUUUUGAAUAGGGUUUUGAGGGACGAGAUAUACUGCCAGUUGUGCCAGCAGGUGUCUAAGAACAAUCGCUCAGAGGAGAGCGUAAGUAGUGGAUGGACGCUACAUACUCUAUGUUCCGGGUGUUUUAUGCCUUCUAAAAAACUUCUCAGGUACUACAUAUCCUUCCUCAACAACUUCACGAACGACACCAAAUGGAAGGACGUAUCCCUGCAGACAAAAACAUUGCUACACAGAACCAACAUGUAUGGAUCAAGAUAUCAUCCACCUAAUUCCGUUGAAUACCAAUCUGUUAAGAGUCGUAAAAGCAUAAUGUUGCCGGUCAGCUUGGUCGAUGGAAUGACGCUGUCCAUCAAAUCUGAUUCGGCCAUGACGGCUUCUGAGAUGUGCCACAAAAUCUCAUUGGCUAUCAACUUAAAGGAUCAGUUUGGAUUCGCUGUCUACAUUUCGGUCGAAGGAAAGGUCUCGUCACUAGGCAAUGGUCUAGAUCACGUCAUGGAUGCUAUCAGCGAAUGCGAACAGUCGUUGAGAAUUGAAAAUAAGAAAGACCAAACAUUGAAAUCGGGAUGGCACCUCUUUUUCGGGAAAGAACUUUUCACGCCCUGGCACGACGCUGAGGUUGAUGAAAAAUCAACUGAGAUCAUUUAUCUGCAGAUCAUUAGAUCAGCUAUGAAUGGAGAGUUUAGGUUUAAGUCGGAUGAAGAUUUAUCUAGAUUCGUGGCACGAAGAUGGUACAUCGAAAACGGACGAGAAAUGAAUGAGAAACUGUUGAAAUCAAAACUGAACGACUACCUACCUAAAUAUAUCAUUAAAAAUCUUCCAAACAAUGAAAAUAAUUGGAUCCAAUUGAUAAUUCAAUCUUUCACAAAGCUGGGAUUUAACGAGGAGAAAAUCCCAAGAAUACAAAUCAAAUGGUCAAUUGUGGAAGGGGCACAACGAAAAUGGCCCCUCCAGUUCGCGGCCCUGUUUGAGGCCGUGAAGGUAGCUGGACCGCCCGUACCGAACAACGAGUUAGUGAUAGCGAUCAGUUGUAGGGGGGUCUUUAUGCUUGAGGAACCUUACAAGUUGAUAAAUGGCGUUCAUUAUUACGAGAUCAUUGAAGUUACUUGUGAAAAACCGACAAAAGAUAGGGGUCCAUGUUUCAACAUAAUGACCAUCAAAGGCGACAACUGGUCAUUCGUGAGUCCAAACGCCGAGACGAUAACGAAGCUGUUGUGCAUAUUCAUUGACGGAUUAAGGAAAAGGUCGAGAUGGGCAGUGGCUAUCCAGGAAUUUAUUUUGCAAGAUCAUUCACAAAGUUUGUUGGAUAGUUUCCACCUGGUGCAAGGAGAUGUUGUAGAGUUGAUGGAUGAAAGCGAGCAGAAGCACCUGAAAGAUGAUUGGAUGUACGGGAAAUGUGAACGAACAAACAGAUGUGGAUCAUUCCCGUUCGACUGCAUCUAUAUCUUUCCUACCUCCGAAAAACCACCUAAAGCAUUUCUGGAUAUAUUCUCCAUAAUGAGCAAAAAAGAUGCCAGCACGCUUCCAAGGAAGAGGGCAACAGUCGUUUUAGGCAGGGAUACACUUAGUAAAAGCAAAGGUUUCGGGGUUGCUUCACUCAUUUGAGAAAAAAAAAAUAUUUUUAGAUCUUAACAUCUUCACACAUCAAAAUAACAAAUUUUUACCAAUGAAAUCAACUGCUGACGUUUUUAGUAGCAGGUAUCGGUUAAAAUAUCUUACAUGAGGUGAAAAUAUAAAUGGAAAUAGUUGAA